GAUAUAAUUAUCGUUUAUUGGGAAAAAAAUCUUGUUGAUGUGGAUGAUGGUUAGGAAUUUUGUAAUGUCAAUUCCUCUUCAAUUUUGUAUGUAGCUGUAUGGUUUUGCUGUUUAUAGUGUCUGAUAACUAAUCGGAUGAGAUAAGUUAUCUUUUUCAGCGUAGUGGAAAGUAGUGUAGUAAUUUUGCGGUUCAUAACACUGUUCUGUACAAUAAUGUCCGAUAACAACGGUACCGAAUCUCCUUUUCAAAACGUAGAUAUAUCUGAAAAAGACGACGAUAGUGAUGAUUUGUUUAGUUCUGCUAUUGACGACAUAAGCACCAGUCAUCAACAGCAGCAGAACAACCGGCAGUCCAAUGACAAUGAAUCACCCGAUUAUCUUCCCAAAUUGCAGUUAUCUGCGCAACAGAGAGCUCCUCUGCCGAGCACACCUCUUGAUGAAGUCAUUCCUGACAGUACCAGUAUUCUCAGUUCUACACCUGUUCAGAAAAAACUGCCUACUGCUGAAGAGAUCGAGAAAAAAGGAAAGGAUCAAUUCAUAGAAAUUCGUGUUACUGACACUGUUAAAGUCGGUGAUGGAAUGGGAUCCUAUGUGGCUUACAAAGUUGAGACUAAUACAAACAUUCCAAUUUUCAAAAAGAAUAAGCUCACAGUCCUAAGAAGAUUCAGUGAUUUCUUGGGACUUCAUGAUAAGCUGGUUGAAAAGUAUUUGAGAUCUGGUCGAAUUAUUCCUCCUGCUCCAGAAAAAAAUAUGUUGGGAACAACGAAAGUAAAAAUGUCGGCACAGAAUGAGCAGGGUUCAUCUGCUGAAUUCUUGGAGAGAAGGCGAGCUUCGUUGGAGAGAUAUCUUUCCAGAACAUCGGCCCAUCCUGUUUUGAAGAUUGAUCCCGAUUUCAGGGAAUUUCUAGAAGCAGACAUGGAGCUGCCCAAAGCAACCAAUACAUCGGCUUUAAGUGGCGCAGGAGUCAUGAGACUCUUCAACAAGGUUGGGGAAACUGUCAACAAGAUGACGUAUAAGAUGGACGAAAAUGAUCCAUGGUUUGAAGAGAAAGUGCUACAAAUCGAGAACUUGGACAUGCAACUGCGUAAGCUGCACCUGAGUGUGGAAGCGCUGGUGAUUGGCCGCAAAGAUCUGGUGAUGCUGACGUCAUCAUUCGCUAAGAGCGCUGCGAUGCUCAGCAACUGCGAAGAACACACCUCUCUGUCGAGGGCACUGUCACAACUGGCCGAAGUCGAAGAAAAGGUCGAAGCUCUCCAUAACGAGCAAGCGAACACGGAUUUUUCUGUUCUGUGUGAAUUGCUCAAAGACUACAUUGCUUUACUGGGAGCUAUCAAGGAAGUUUUCCAUGAACGUGUGAAAGUGUUUCAAAACUGGCAACAUUCAUUAUUGAUGUUGAAUAAGAAGAGAGAGUACAAGGCUAAAAUGGAUCUGUCCAAUCGUACAGACAAGGGCAAUAUCGCCUCAGGAGAGAUAGCCGAUUGGGAGGCCAAAGUUGUCAGAUGCCAAGAUGAAUUCGAAAGUAUUUCGAAAAUGAUAAAGAAGGAGAUGGAGCAAUUUGAAGUAGCCAGAGUGAAGGAAUUCAAGGAGGUUAUCAUCACCUAUCUGGAGAACCAGAUGAAUCACCAAACCCAGCUCAUAAAAUACUGGGAGACCUUUCUACCCGAAGCCAAAGCGAUUGCCUGAUUAAAACAGUGAGUCAACUCUCAUAGAACCACUCCAUUCCAUGUAUUAUUAUCAUCAUUCAAUGAGAAAUAUGUUAUUUUUAUAUUAUCUUCCAUGUUCGUAAAACGUAUAUAAAAAUGAAAAAGUAUAUGCAUCUCAUAUUAUAUAAUAUGUAUCGAUAUAAUUGAUAUCCUUAUCUUGGAUUUUAAAUCCAGUGCUGAUAAUAAUCCUACUUGUCAAGAAUAGUGCAUUCAUGCUUAACAUGUAUCUAUAAUAUUUGUUAUAUCUAUAUUGUAAUCGGUUACCCCCAGAAAUAUUUUAAUACUUUUAUUCUGUGUAUCUAGCUUCAUGGUAACAGAAAUAUCUGUUCAUUACCCCAUCUUUAAUCUGAUUUGCAAAACAAGUUAUAUAAGUAUAGAUAAUUUAUUAUAAUUAAUGAAGACCUUUGUAUAUACAAUGUAUUGAAGAAUGAGAAAUAUUCAUCAAUAAAAAUAAGUUUCUGAAA